UUGGAACAAAAACAAAUGGCAAUUCUGCUGGGCCGGCAUCAAAUUUUCCUUGAUCUCGAAGGAGUGCCAAAAGCCGAGAAACUAAUUGAACUGAAUUCAAACACUCAUUUGCAUACAUACUUUCAUUCACUUGCUCGUGAACUUGACAUUAUGGAGCCAAAAACCCCAGAAGCAAUCUACAAAAGCCAUUUGGAACAAAGUCGCCCGUUCGCUGGCUCUUCCGCACCGGACAGUGCACGAUCAAAUCUGGCAGCUGCAUUUGUCAAUGGUUUUGUGAACAGAAUGCUAUCAGCAGCAGCAAGCCAAGGAUUAGUUUGGCGAUGGGAUAUCGAUUCGGGCCUGUCACAGUGCGAUCGUUUCCUCUAUGUUAAUGAUGAUUAUAUCAAAGUAAUUUUUCUUUUGAGCUACUACAAAGUACAGUCAAAAUGUAUGUUGCUUCUGGUACCGCGUAUGAAUGUGUCGAUGAAGGGGAAGGAGCCACUGUGGGUGCUAGCCUGA